AUGGCGCAAAGCUCGCAACCGCCCGCGGCCUCGCCGUCGCUUUUCCACGACCCGCACGCUCCACCUGCCAGGAGACUGUCGCUGCGCCAUCCGCCACAAAAGGAGCUGGGAGACGUUUCGCAGAACCAGACCCGCGACGGACAGCCUUGGGAACACGACCACCACGACCGACCGCGCUCGCGACACCAUCUUGGCAGCGACGAAGCCGACAAGGAGGCCGAGGACAAGGACGACUCGAUAUCCAUAUCUUCCACCAGCAAGCAAGCUGCCAAGACCGUGCAGCCGUUUCUGGCCCAGCACAUUCCCAGCCAGUACAAUCCUCUCGGCAACGCUCCCCAGCCCAGGGCCAUGAGCAACAAAUCGAGCACCAAGUACUGCUACCGCCACCGCCCCGAUGUGAAAUGCAGAAGACAAGCCAACGAGCCGUCCAUGGAGCAGCUGCAAAAGGAGCUUGCGAUGCUGUCGCAAUCCGAUCAGCAGGGCAUCGCCCAUGUCUGGUCCCUUUUCUCUGCCGCCCCCGCCAAGCAUCGCAACCUGAUGCUCCAGGGCAUCCUCGCCCAGUGCUGCUUCCCUCAGCUGUCCUAUGUCUCUGCGGCCGUUCGCGAUCUGAUCAAGAUCGACUUCCUCGCCGCCCUUCCCCCGGAGCUUGGCUUCAAGAUCCUCUGUUAUCUUGAUACCACGUCGCUGUGCAAAGCCGCGCAAGUGAGCCGGCGAUGGCGACAGCUUGCCGACGAUGACGUCGUCUGGCACAAAAUGUGCGAGCAGCACAUUGACCGGAAGUGCACUAAGUGCGGCUGGGGCUUACCGCUACUUGAGGCCAAGAGGCUGCGGACCGAGAAACGCCAGAUGCAACUCAGGGCAACGGGAAGAGGACUGAACGAACUGGCCGAGCCGAGUGAACCCAACUCUGGCGAUGCCCCAAGUCACAGCGCCAGCCCUAGCCCUGGACCUAGUAGUUUGAAGCGGCGCAUCUCCGAUGACUCUUCCGACAGCACUGCCAAACGAACCUGCACUGCCGGACCUAGCUCGGGGUCACAGGACGUUACAUUCCAGCCCCGCGUUAAGCGGCCGUGGAAAGAUGUCUACAAGGACCGUUUCAAGGUCGGUACGAAUUGGAAGUACGGACGCUGCAGCACCAAGAUCCUGCGCGGACACACGAACGGCAUCAUGUGCUUGCAGUUCGAUGACAACAUCCUCGCGACCGGUUCCUAUGAUGCAACAAUCAAAAUUUGGGACAUCAACACCGGUGAGGAAAUUCGAACACUCACCGGCCACACCGCGGGCGUGCGGUGUCUGCAAUUCGAAGACAACCGCCUAUUCAGUGGUGGCCUUGAUCGCACCAUCCGCCUCUGGAAUUGGAAGACCGGUGAACUGCUCCGGACUUUUCCCGGCCACACGGGUGGAAUUGUUUCGCUCCACUUUGCCAAUAACAUUCUCGCGACUGGAUCCAUGGACCACACUAUUCGGGUAUGGAACUUUCCCGACAAAUCCACUUUCAACCUCAAGGGCCACACGGACUGGGUCAAUGCGGUCAAGAUCGACGGGGCCUCACGUACUAUUUUCUCGGCAUCUGAUGACUGCACCGUCAGGCUGUGGGACCUCGAUACAAAACGAUGCUUGAAAACCUACCACGGCCAUGUUGGGCAGGUGCAGCAAGUGCUGCCAAUGCCGCCGGAGUUCGAACUCGACGACGAGGACGUCGACCCUCACUCAGAUCACGAUCAUGAGGCGGAGACUCCUGACGCAGAUCCCCAAAACAUGCUGCGGUACUUUAAUGGCCCCAUAACCCCCCCUUAUGCUUCAGACGAGGCGAGAGCCUUCUACCCUGAUCAACCACAGCGUCCACAGCCGCCGCGUUACAUGAUCACCGGUGCGCUCGACGGUACCAUUCGUCUCUGGAGUGUGGCGACAGGCCGCUGCCUCCGCACGUUCUUCGGCCACGUCGAAGGCGUGUGGGCCAUCGCAGCGGAUACGCUGCGGCUCGUCUCUGGAGCAGAAGACCGCAUGGUGAAGGUGUGGGAUCCGCGAUCAGGCCGCCACGAGCGGACUUUCACCGGACAUGCCGGCCCCGUGACGUGCAUCGGCCUGAGCGACUCCAAGCUCGUUUCCGCUGGUGAGGACUGCGAGGUCCGCAUCAUGAGCUUCGGCUGCGGCGGAGAGCACGGCGUGACGACCAUCGGCCCCGCCAGAGAACGCACGGAGGACGCUGUGGCGGAGGAGAACGGCGGUAGCCAACCUCCAGCAUCUCCGGCGACCGGAGAGGCAUCCAGCACAUGA